ACACUAAAUGGGUCAACCUGCUUGUUUGUUACAUCAUAAUGAAGAACGGUUUGAUGCAGGAUAUGUUUGUGCGACCACUGGGUGGGGUAGGACCAACCCUGAUGUUGACGGAAUAGAAGAUUCGUUACGGCAAGCUGAAGUUCCGAUAAUUGAUCAUUCCACCUGUCAAUCAAACUAUUGGUCGGAUUACAAUAUUCACGCUUCGAUGGUUUGUGCGGGAGCUGCGGGUUCCAAUUCAUGCAAGGGUGAUUCUGGAGGGCCACUUGUUUGUUUGAAGAAUAAUUCGUAUUAUUUGGUUGGAAUUACAAGUUGGGGCGACGUGAAAUGUAAACGUGACAUCCCAGGCGUUUACACGCGACUACAAAGCUAUUCAAGAUGGUUGGGCAACAUAAUGAAUCAAGACCAAUGUUAAAACAUCAAAUAUUUCAACAAAUUAUUAUUUAUUUUCAAAUUAUAUCAAAACCUCAUGUGACGCUCGAAUAAUUAUGUGAUGUCAUUAUUGAAUUUGAUUGUUAUCAU